AUGCGUAAUCUAACCCCAGAUAAAGCUUUCAGAAUUAAAAAGCAAAGUAUUUUCGAGCUGAAUUUUAGUGAAGAACCUAAAUCAACCAAAAUUCAUAGUCGAUAAAUUAGUCAAAAACCUGUAGAAACUUAAUUUUAGGCAUACACAAAAAAUAAAGUGAUUAAGCUGAAGGACACCCCACAUACUCAUAGCAAAAUCUAAUCUCUUAAAUCAAAGCUUGUUAGAAUAUUUAAGGAUAAUAAAGAAUAAUCAUCUCUUGAAAUUUUAACAGAAUAAAAAGGAAAAUCAUUUUUAGAAGAAUUAAAGGAACCUCCUAUGCUUAAUAUGUAAGGCUUAUAACGUAUGGUUAAUUCUAAUGAAAACAAUCCAUUUUUCCUUAAUCAUCCUCGGAACCCCAAAUAAUUUAGAAAAUGUUAUUUUCGAUAUCCUACUGAUGCUAUAGAAAAAUUAGAUAGAUGUACUAUUGUCACUCCUCAACCACUCCUACGUAGGUAUACAGCAUUGCUAAAGCCAAGAGUGAGAAUUUCAGAAUAAUGGAAUGAAUUAAAUGGUUGGCAAACAAAGGACGAGUCCAUUACAAAUUUAUUUUGA